AUGCACGACCCGUCCGGUUUCACUGCCCCACCACUUCCUUCCGCAUUCCCCACCCUCACCGCUUCCUCCUCCCCCUCUCGAGGCUCGACCACGGUCGGUGGUGCUCGCAACGAGCUCUCUUUGGGCACCUUCUUCAACCCUUCCCAUUCUCUCCCUCGUCCAUCGCCGAGUUCGUCGUCUUCGAGAGGUACGACGCCUUCGUUGAUGAUGAUCGGUCAGAAACGACCCGGCCCGACCGUAUCGGUUGCGGAGGACGUCGGCUCCGUCAUGGACUUGUCGAGCAAUGAGGAUGGGGAAGGAGAAGCGGAGGAGGACGAAGAGGAGGAGGAGGAGGAGUUUCAGAUGGAGGACGACGACGUCGAUUCUCCUCUUUCCGUAGCGACGACUUCGACAACGGGCAUUCAAGGUCAAGCCUAUCAUCAUCAAGGCAUUUCGCCCUCAACUACGGCAACCUCAGAUCACAAGACCCGGUCCAAGCCUGCAGCCAAAGCCGGGAGAUCGUUGAGCAGCAAGGCCAAAGGCAAAGGCAAGGCAUCGUCCCAAAACAACGACGAGACGAACCGAGCCGCCGCGUCCCUCCUUUUGGCUGCCGAAGGCGUGACGACGACGAAUGCGAUGGGAAAGAAAAAGAUGGGCACGUCGAGAAAGAAUGGGAAUGAUAAGAAGAAGAAGGCGGGAAGGGCUUGCGCGCCGUGUCAGAAGGCCCAUUUGACGUGCGAUGAUGGUCAGUCCCAGCUUUGGUCAGGAGGUGUCUCACAGUGAUCCAUCAAUAUUGAUCUGGAUGGUGGUUUUUGUUCAGCUCGACCUUGCGCUCGAUGUGUCAAGAAAAAUCGAGCGAGCGAAUGCCACGACGGCACGAGGAAAAAGGCCAAAUACCUCCAGGAGGUGCCCGAUGAGCGUGAGCGAUACCUGUACACUCGGGCAAUCACUUGGGCGGACAAUGGGCUGAUAUCUGCUCCAACCCCUUUGUAGUCCUCGAACGAAAACAAUCGAAUCCGUUCUUCCAGGCUUCGGAAUCGCAUCCGGGGCACGAACCCAUGCUCUCGGGCGGAGAAGAUGGCACGCCAUUGUCCGGGAUUGCAGGAGGUGAGUUCCUCCAUCCAUAGGUCUACUCAUCGCAAAUGCUGAUAUCGCUCAACCCGUUUAUCCCAUCCAGACUCGCCCGAAAUGCCGAUGCGAGAAAUUUCUCAAGCACAACCCGACCCACCCCAACCGACUCUAAGCUUCGACCCUCUCCCCUUCUACGACACCUCGGCGUUUACGAACGAAUUUGGCUCCGAAGCGGCGAACCUCGAAUACGCCAUCUUGAGCACCAUGUUGAACGGGAACGGCUUCUCGAUCGAUGGAAGCAACUUCAACCCCGGGGCUGCGGGCGCUGGUGGGGGUGGGGGUGGGGGUGGGCUUCAAAGUAUGAGAGCACCGGAUGGAAGUGUGUCGGGUGCCCAGUCCAUCUUGUUGCAGUCGCCUUUGGAUCAAGGUGUUCAUGGUGGUUCGACGAACGGACAAGCAUCGACGUCGACGAACGUAGGGGGGGAGACGCCGGUUACGUCCUUCUUUGGUGGUUAUCGGACCGAUACGACGGAUGGGCCACAACAUUCGGCUUCACCGACGAUGAACCCUAAUGUCAUGUCGCCGCCAAGGUUACAAGAUACGGCGAGGGAUCUAUUCCCCAGUGUUGGGGCUGAAGUCGAAAGGAGGACGUCGAGCUCGAAUGAUGUCAAUACGGGUGGGUUUGGGGGUGGGGAUCUACUUUUCGCCAGUCAAGGGGUCGUCAGUGAACCGAAUACGACGGCAGCGGCGAGUGCGACGACAAGUGGAGUUCCCACGGCCUCAACUUCGGCUGCGCCUGCGGAUGCCGGUGGCCCCUCCGCUCGACCCAGCGUGAUGACGUUGACGGGUGAACAGGCCUAUCGAGCCGUGACCAAACCGUAUCCGUACGCUCAAUCGUACCAUUACCUCGUCAAGCACCUUAAACACCGUUUCGAGAAGAACGACAUCCUACGCAUCGUCCGCGCCUUGGCUACCUUCCGACCGAGCUUGAUCGCCUUACAAAUGCCUCUGACGGAAGAGGACGAAACGUUCGUCGAGAGGACGUUCCAACGGACUUUGGUUGAAUUGAACAAAUUGAUCAGUUUCAGUGGGACGCCGACGGUCGUUUGGAGGAGGACGGGGGAGAUUUGUUUGGUCGGGACCGAGUUUGGACUGUUGACGGGGUGGCAGAGGAACGAGUUGGUCGGGAACAAAUUCAUUUUCGAGGUGGGUGGAGACAGGGCAUCGAUGUGUAUACUGGGGGCUCGGCAAGUUCGCUGAUCCUCUCGUUCUUCGGGGUCUGCUCUCCUCUCCACAGUUGAUGGACCCGUCCUCGGUCGUCGAAUACUAUGAAUCAUUCGCCAAGCACGCGUUCGAAUCGACCAGUUCGUCGGUCGAGAUGCAGUGCGUUGUUCUGGGGCCCAAAGGUCGCCCCGUGCCUUGUGCGAUGUGUUUUACUAUUCGAAGGUCAGUCAAGGAGUAUUUGAUCUGUCGCGGGCAAAUGACUUACUCGAAGUGA